AUGGACAUCCCCCCAGUGGACAUUCCCCCUAUGGACACAUCCCCCUAUGAACAUAUUCCCCUAAGAACAUACGCCUCUGUGGGCAUAUCCCCCUAUGGACAAUUUCCCUCUAUGGACAUCCCCCCAGUGGACAUUCCCCCUUUGGACACAUCCCCCUAUGAACAUAUUCCCCUAAGAACAUACGCCUCUGUGGGCAUAUCCCCCUAUGGACAAUUUCCCUCUAUGGACAUCCCCCCAGUGGACAUUCCCCCCAUGGACACAUCCCCCUAUGAACAUAUUCCCCUAAGAACAUACGCCUCUGUGGGCAUAUCCCCCUAUGGACAAUUUCCCUCUAUGGACAUCCUCCCAUAG